GUCCUUGAAUGCAUGACCUGCUUAUAAAUUCAAUGGUGUUUCCGUGACCUUUUCAAAAAGUAUCUAAUCGUCGCAGAUAUGCUCGUCCCCGCGCUUUGUCUUUUGAGUGCUCUUCUUUCAUUUAAUUAUGCAAACGAACUUCGUGUCAUCACUGUUGCUACCGAUGAUAACGAUGCAUUGGCAAGAUUUCUGAGAUCUGCAGAACGUUAUCUAUUUGAUGUGAAGGUACUUGGACUUGGAACUGUAUGGAGUGGUGGUGACAUGGCAAAGUUUGCAGGAGGCGGUCAGAAAGUCCGGAUGCUCAGAAACUACCUCGAUACACUAGACGAAAAAGACGACUCUUUGAUUCUCUUUGUAGACGGAUAUGACGUGGUGUUUACGGAUAAAAAGAACAGGCUACUUGAAGAAUAUCACAAGCUUGGUUCAAAAAUUUUGUUUGGAGCGGAAGAUUUCUGUUGGCCACUAAGAAAUCUCGAGAAGUUGUAUCCCAUCGUUGGUCCUAACGAGAAGCGGUUUCUGAACUCCGGUGCCUUUAUUGGCCCAGUAUCAUACAUACGAAAACUCGUUUCCAUGGCCGAUAUCGCGGACGAGGAUGACGAUCAAUUGUACUACACAAACAUCUUCUUGAAUGAGGUCGCACGUAAGGAACUGGAUAUAGCCUUGGACAAAUCGUCGGCAUUAUUCCAAAAUCUGAAUGGAGCUCUGUCUGAAGUCGAGUUACUGUUCAAUGAAACUACCGGGUACCUGCACAACACAAAAACCAACACCAACCCCAUCGUCAUCCAUGGAAAUGGCCCGAGCAAGAACCAACUCAACGCAUUGGCAAAUUAUUUGGCACAUCAAUGGACACCGACCAGAGGAUGUCAGCAUUGCUCAGAAAACAACAUUGAACUAGGUGAUCCAAAGGACUACCCCAUCAUACAGAUGAGCCUUUUCAUCGAACAAGCCACACCGUUCUUGGAUGUCUUCUUUGAAAGGAUCGCCGCUCUCAGCUAUCCGAAGGACCGCAUACACCUGACGGGUCACGUAGCGAAAAAGGCUGAGAUUCAGCGUCCACUGACGCAUACAUUCAACGCAACUUAUGGGCAUCAGUACCGAACCAGCGUUUGGUUUGACCCAGAAGACAUAACGGACGAUGGAGCGGCCUACGACAGAGCCUUCUCGUACUGUUUGGCCGUAGAAGACUGUCAGUUCUUGUUUGUUGUGGACAGCACAGUUCAGCUUACCGCUACAGACACUUUAGAACACUUGGUUCGCAUGAACCGUUCUAUGAUUGCUCCGAUGUUGAGCCGAAGAGAGAAGUUGUGGUCAAAUUUCUGGGGUGCGCUCUCUCAAAAUGGUUACUACGAACGUUCCAAUGAUUACAUCGAUAUAGUGGAAGGAAAACAAAGGGGCAUAUGGCAUGUGCCUUUCAUACGAGAUGUCUACCUUGUGUCGCGUUGGGCGAUGCGACUGCUGGCUGAAACUAAACUGGAAGGUAGCACCGAAAUGGACAUGGAGAUUGCACAGAGAGCUAGAGAGAAGAACAUCUUUAUGACAGUGGACAAUCAGAAGCCAUUUGGUUACCUGAUUUUCGCGGAUAAAUACACCACGAAUCACGUGAACAACGAUUUAUGGCAGAUAUUCGACAAUCACUUGGAUUGGGAGGAACAGUAUGUACAUCCGGAGUAUUCCCGCUUGCUUGAUCCAAACGUGGGGAUGGAAGAUAUACUGCAACCUUGUCCCGAUGUGUUCUGGUUCCCGCUAGUGAGCGAAAAAUUCAGCGCCCAGCUAAUAAACGAAAGCGAAUCCGCUAACAUGUGGUCGGAUGGAUCGAAUCAAGAUCCGCGUCUGGAAGGUGGGUACGAAAAUGUUCCCACGCGGGAUAUUCAUAUGAGGCAGUUGGAAUGGGAAGAGCAUUGGCUGCAUUUCCUCCAGAAGUAUGUGCACCCUAUACAAAAAAAGGUUUUUCAAGGUUACGACGAUAAGCCAUGGGCACGUAUGAACUUUGUGGUUCGGUAUAAGCCGGAUGAGCAAGCAUCGCUGAGGCCGCACCACGACGCGUCAUCUUACAGUCUCACCAUUGCUCUGAACCAACCCGGAGUCGAUUAUGAGGGCGGUGGUACUCGGUUUGUGCGAUACAACUGCUCGGUGGUGAACACCAAAAUCGGGUGGACUACCAUCUUCCCUGGAAGGGUCACCCACCUGCACGAGGGUCUCACAACCACUGCUGGGACCCGGUACAUCUUCGUUACCUUCGUGAAUCCGUGAAGCCCAGAUGCAUCUAUGCUGGGACCGAUCAUUUUCCCGUUUCCUCUUGUAACCACUUUUGCAUGAACCUGACUUUAUUCAAAAUUAUUGUACUCAUACUAUUUCCAAUAGCGACCAAUAAAUAUGGUAAUUGAGUUGCUUAAAAUUGGUAAAGACACACUAAUGCUUAUAUUAAAAUAAACCAUAGGCGUACAG